UCUAUAGUUAUACUGACAAUUGGCCAUGCAGUGGCUCCCGUCCCUGUGUCAAUUUAAGUAAAGGAACUUCCAUUUCAAUCUUUUUGGCUAGCUAGUUGGUGAUCCUCCCUAAGCAGUAAAUAAACCUUGUUGUUAAUCUUAAAAUGAUAUGUAGAUAGGUUGUACUCAUGAUUCAUUAAUUGGAGAAAGAACUUGUGCUAAUGAGGGAAAAAGUCACAAUAAAAUACCUUUUAGUUCAACAUGUAUCUCCAUAUGUAAAUGACUGUGCGGUUUUUCGAAUUUGUGGGCACUUCUGCUAGGAUAUGUCUAAGAGAUUUUCAUUUGGUUGGAUUGGCGAGUUGAGGAAAUUAUACCUUGUCAAAUUCAGUUUUUUAUUGGAGCUAAUAGUUGUAAAAACAUACCCAAAAGAUGAAAUUCCUUUUUUUCUCAACAAAAUUCACGAGUUUACAGAUAUCACAAAGGGUUAAUGCGUUUACACAAUUGCUUUUUUAUCUAGCUAAGUGCUAAGCUACAGGUGUUGAUGUUUUGCAUAUCAUAGUUACAAGAGAUCUUACUCUUUUUGUGCUAUGCCUUUAGUUUUGCAAAAGAAAGCAGAGAAGUUUGAAUUGAAGAAAUUACAGGGUCCAGCAGUGGCAAAGGAACGUGUAUCUGCUCUUGAGCAACUUCUUCAAGAUGUUUAUGCCAUUCGGCGCCCAAAACUGAGUGAUUAUGAAUCUCGAAGGGACUUAAUUCUAGUGUUUAAUGAAAUUGCAAAGGAGUUAAAUGGAUAUUCAAAAGUGACUCCCGUUGUGGUGGAAUUUGGUUCUUUCUUAAUGGAUCUCUUUAGCACAACAAGUGAUUUAGAUCUCUCUGUGAAUUUUAGCUCUAAUGCAAUUGAAUUUCCGCGUGAAAAGAAGAUUCAAACUCUGAGGAAGUUUGCAAAGAAACUAUACGCUCUACAAAGUAAAGGGCAUGUUUCUGGUGUUCUUCCAAUCACAACUGCCAAGGUGCCUAUUCUGAAAGUUGUUGAUCGAGGAACUAGAGUUGAAUGUGAUAUAUCAGUUGAAAAUAGGGAUGGAAUCUUAAAAUCCCAGAUUAUCCACCUAAUUUCCUCAAUUGAUGAAAGGUUUAAAAAGCUAAGCUUCUUGCAGAUGAAAACCUUGGCAAAAGUGCAGAACAUUAAUAGUUCGAAAGAUAAAACCUUGAAUUCUCUCUCCAUAAUACUGUUGGUUGCUUUUCAUUUGCAGACUCGGAAGCCACCUAAAUUACCUCCAUUUUCUGCUAUAUUCAAAGAUGGUGCUGAUCCUGCAACAGUGAAGAAGUCACUAUCUAAUUUUGUAAACUAUGGAAAAAGUAAUAAAGAAUCAUUGGCUGAGCUCUUUGUGACUCUGCUAAUCAAGUUAUCUUCUGUCCAAAAUCUGUGCCCCAAAGGUUUGUGUGUAAGCACAUACAAAGGAUCUUGGAUGUCCAAAACAUGGAAUUCUAACGUUGCUUGUAUUUACACUUUGUUGCUUGAGUUUUUAUGCUCUUGGAAAUUUUUUAAAUAUAUAUAUAUCUUGUCCUUCACGGAUUGCCAGAUUGGAGAAGUUCAAUUGAAGGAAUUUUUAUUUAGCCAUGAUGGCAUCACUACCUUAUGUCAAACAGGUAAUUCAAAUUCUCAUCAAAUUGCAUCAUUGCCUAGGAUUUCCCUUCAAUCAAACCAGAGAAAAAGAAACAGAAAUAGGGAAGGCGAGGAAGCAAGAAAGCAAGCUCUGCCUCCAGACCCUAUCUCCACGAAGAGAAUAGUCUCCAUGCACGGUUGGGCAGGAAUGCCUUCAGGGAGUUGGAGACAAGUUGAGCGAGCUAUGCCAUUUGAAAAUGGCUGGAUGAAAAAUAUUCAGUCUACGGAAGGUUGGAGAGAGAUGCCUAAUGAUGGUUGGAAAGGUACAAAAUAUGCUAUGCCUUUUGAUCCCAGAAAUGGGCAGCAACUUAUGAGAGGUUGGGGUGGAACUCAGGACUCUGGUGCUGGGCUUCAGGGUGGGGUCCAUGCCAAAGGCUGGGUGGAACUCUAG